GGUAGAGUAAUGUGCCCAGACACAUCCAACCUGAGAAAGCGUCAUAGCAUUGUUAGUACUUUAGGUUCCUGUGUGUUGUUUAAAAUAUUUGUUUAACAUGCUGACAUAGCUUUGAAUUCAUUUGAAAAGCUUUAUUGCUUAUUCUGUUGAAUGUAGUUAAUAAUGUGACAAAGCUCCAUCCCAUUGGCAAAUGUAGUAUAGACCAGGAGGAGCUUUAAGUAAAAAUACAUUUGUAGAUUUAAUUAAUAGCAAAAGAUGUCAAAGAGAAGUAAAAGCUUUAACUUGCCUCUCAAGAAUAUAACAGCACUGCACUCUAAUACCAUGUCUUACACGGGUGAAUCAGGAUUUUCUAAUUUGACCAACUCUCCCAUGUCAUCCCUUGCUUUUAACUUGAGCGAGUUGUCUACUGGAAGAACAACACCAAGGCUACGAAGGAAGUUAUCACUGAGUAGUGUGGAUACCCCUCCUGGGGACAGUGAUAAGCUGCGAUCUGAUUGCACAGUUUCCGCUGAAUCAGGCUGUUUCUCAGAGUCCCCCAUAGAUGACUCUCCAACAUUACACAGCUUGAGCAUUAAAAGAUACCACUCAGAAGUUCAUCCAGAUAUCCCUUUGGAGGCUUUUUCUUUAAAAAAAAAGACAAUAUCCUUCAGGAGAUUCAACUCUCAGCCUCUUCCAACAUUGAGGCUUGACAGCCCGACAGAUUUCCUGGAGCAGGACAAGGAGGAUGAGGAGAACCUUCACCAUGACAUUGAUGGCCACCAUGAAACUGAUGAGAAUAGCCAUUACAGCAACAGGUUGUACUCUGAUGAGACAAUGUCACAGGACAGUGGACUGGGGCUUGAGUCUGACAGGCGGUGUUCCAUGUCCAGCUUUGAUGAUGCUGUCUCUUGUGUGUCUUCACCCAACCAAAAGUUGAGGGGAUCCUCCUCCACAUUUGAUGAUGUCUCAUCCAUAUCCUCCUCUAACUCUUCUUUGAAUCAAUUGGAUCAUCUGCCAUCCUUAGAAGAUAUUUGGAAUGAUUCACCCAGUUUUAAAGCUCCUAAAGGUAAACCCCCCAAAAGAUCUCGAAGUUUGAUGGAAGACAAACACUAUAAUGAAGACACAUGCUCACCAAUUAAAUACUCCCCUGUCAAAUCUUCAUCACUUCCUCGCCCAUCAUUCUCCAAGGCGUUAUUUGCUCAUAUCCCAGAGGUGACAAAUGAAAGUUUGGAAGAAAAUAAAGGCAAAUCUGAUGAUGGCUUUCAGGAACUGUUUGAGAUUGAAGAGUUGAAGAAUGAGGCACAUGAUCAGGUAUCAACUUUGAUUAGUGCUACCCUUCUACAUCGACCCAAUGAUGAUGUGGAGUUGGUAGAAAAUAAGCGGAUCAAGUUUACCUUUGGUGGAUGUCAGAUUGAGACUCCCUCUAGUCGACCAGUUGUAAUUAGACGCGGUUUGCAUAGAUCCCAGUCACUGGACAUCCGACCGAGACCAUCCUUUAAACGCAGUGAACCUCCAGAGGAUGACACCACACCUGUCCAGAACAAGAGGUGGAGGGGAGAGCAGGACAUGACUGUUGUCUGCACCAACAGUGCCAUCAGUGAAGUUGAACUCUCUAAGGUUGAGGUACCUCUUAGUCGGCGUUUACACAGAUGUCACUCUGAAACAGAGGCUAUGAUUAAAUCUGCAGUGACUCGCAUGUUUUUGGAGCCAGAUCUUAUUGGAGACUGUUCAAAGCCAUACUGUCUCCCUACAAUAAAAGGCAAACAUCAAGAUCUCAAGUCCAUCACACCUGAAACACUGAGUCGUCUGAUAUAUAACGAGUUUUCUGAUGUUGUUGAGGAGUAUCAUAUCAUAGACUGUCGUUACCCAUAUGAAUUUGAAGGAGGUCAUAUACACAAUGCCGAAAAUGUCUACACCAAAGAGGACGUGAUUGAAAAGUAUCUUAGGAGACCACUAGCAGUAAAAGAUGCAAAAAAGAGAAUAAUCUUGGUUUUUCAUUGUGAAUUUUCUUCUGAAAGAGGGCCUGGUCUAUUCCGGUUCUUACGCAGUCAAGAUCGUGAGACAAACAAAGAGUUCUAUCCCUUCCUUCAUUACCCAGAGAUUUAUCUACUGGAGGGUGGUUACAAGAAUUUCUUUGAAAAUUAUUCUCACCUGUGUGAGCCAAGAGAGUACAAGACAAUGUUUGACAAAAAUCACUCUGAAGAUUUGAGAAAGUUUCGUGCCAAAUGCAAGUCAUGGUCUGAGGAUAAGUCUCAGCAGAGAACUGGUGUCCGGAAUCUGAAAUUCUAAGUUAUUUGAUGUGAUGGCAUGAAGGAACAAGAAGUUCUUGCCAUUCAAAGAGGUUUAGCUAGAGAGUUUUGUUUUAACUAGAGAGUUUAAUUUUAUCAUAAUGUUCUUAACACUUUCAAUCAGUUUAUUUUAAUAUGAAACUUUUAAAAGAUUGUACACAAAUUAUAUAUAUAUUUUUAGAAAUUGUAUUUUAGUUAUAUAUGACAGGUUUAAAUUAACUUAAAAACUUUACUUGGAAAAUUGUUUUAAAAUUAGAACAGACAAUUCAAUUCUAUAUAAAAAAAAAUUCAUGUGUUACUAUAUUAAAGAGAAAAUGUUUCAAAAAGUUUGAAUGGCAAGGCAAUGCUCUUAACAUCAAAAAUACUUUCAUGCUUUAGUAUGUACAUUUCAUGGAACCAGUAUUUCAGAUGAAUUUAAUGUGAUUUAUACCAAUUUCUUGUCACAGUAUAUAUUUGACAUGGGGUUUUAGGAAGAUUUUACCAUAUAUAUUUACAUAUAUACCCUGAAGUUUGGAACAUUUUUUUGAGUUUUUAUGAAUGUGUUAUUUAAGUUUGUCUGGAUGUGUGAUUGUUUGCUUCCAAUUCUUUCUGACAAAAAGGGCUUAAAAGUAGCGAGGAAAUAUAAAACCCAAAUGUAUUCUACUUAGACUGUCUCAUUGCAUUUGAUACAAUUGUAUGUAGUUCUUUAGUGGCUGGAUGAAUAUAAAACCUGUUAACAGAUUUAUCCCCCCUUCCCUGUAUGUCAAUCAUUUAGAGCUGUGUAAAUCUGUGAGAACACUAAUGAUUUAGGGUGGAGAAGAGUGUAUAGAAUGAAGAAUUGAAUUACUUUUACAGCUUUUUAAUAUUUAAUGUCAUUUUAAAAAUAAAUUAUUCAACACUCAGAAGUCUUUAUUUUAAAAUAAAGUAAUUAUUUUUAAAAUUUCUUUCUAAAUAUUGUUUUAUGUAUUUACAGAUUUUUAUUCUAGUAUUCAUUUUCCCAUUUUAACUGUUUGUGCUUCUUGAUUUAUUUACAACUUGGUGGUUAAAGUCAGGGUAUUAUGAAUGCUUUGUUUAAAAAAUUUAUUUUUAACUCAAUGCUGACAAGCAAUCACUAGUUGCAAAAAAUCCAUUAUAUCAUAUUUACAACCAUUAACAGUAAGUUAUUCAAAUUUUAAUAUUAUAAAAUUUUUUUUAAAAAAGGUGUUUCAAUGAAAAAUUUGUUAUUUAAAUUUAGAUUUGCAAAGCAUGCACAUUAUCACACAAAUUAAGAUUGGAUUAUAAUUUAAUUUUUGCUGACAAUUUUUGAAAAACAGAAACAUUUUUACUCGCCACCCUAUAUAUUCUUUCAUGGGUUUGAAAAACUUGUACAUAAUUAAAUCAUGUAAGGUUUGUAAAAUUAUAUUAAUUUAUGGCAUUAGUUGCUUGAAUGUACAUUUUUCAUUGCUGCUUAUUGUAGGUUCUUUUAUUCCUAAUUUACAGGGGUAAAUUUGGACGUACAUCUAUUAAAUCUGCUUCCAAGUUGUAGCUCUAUAUCUAAGUUUGAUUCUUUUAUGUAAGCUUAUCUAUUAUAUUCUGCUAGUAAAUGCACCAACUAGGCUAUCUGUAAUGUAAUAAAAUUGUUAUCUACAAUCUAAACUGUUGUUUGAAAGUAUUUCUUCAAGUCUAAACAUUUUUAAUUAACAAUCUAUACUGGUAAUGGAGGAAAAAACCAUCAGUUCCUGGUAGAAAGGGUACAUCUAACCCUCAGGCCCAGACUAAUUAAUGCAGAUCCUCUAUA